AUGCUGGCACGGCCGCCUGGGGCUCCAGCCACGCCACACCGGUCACAGGGUGGCCGCCUCAUGCUCCUGCCUGCAGCACUUCGCUGGGCCCAGGGCCCCAAGGCCAGAAAGAUCACGUUUUCCUGGAGGUGGCACCAGCCCAGGGAGCCCCUUGCAGCUGCAGGGGUCCUCUGAGGACUUGGUCAUCUGGAGAGAGCAGCCCAGAGCCCCCGGACCUCCUGCUCUGUGGAACCAAGCCCUCUCCUGGCCUGGUCCAAGCCCAGGAGGAGCAGGACGGGCCACCUCCUGGCCUGGAAGGAAAAUCCGGGCAGAACCACCCCAAGGGGGAGGGCUCGGGGGGAGAGAGGCCACCGGAGCCCGGAGUUCCGGCCUGGACAGGCCUGGGAAGCCCAGCACCCCACAGGCCGGGCCACACGCUUCCCCUUUCCAAGGAAGGAAAAGCCUGGAGACCGCCUGGGCCAAGGGGCUGAGACUUCCCUGGGCCCCUCCUGUAACCCCAGCACUCCCUCAAGCUGA